AUGGAGGGCGACAAACCCGCACAAGAUACAAAAACGGAACCCAUACCAGCCAGUGAUAAUGUGAAAGAAGUCACAUCACAAGACUUGGCGAUGCCGGCACCCGUCAUAAAGCAGCCGCCGCCAUCUCUCAAAGAGCCUGUCAUGUACAACUCUGCACUGGGCUUCAAUGUCUACUACAGCAAACACUCACAAGAGUAUUGGGCCGAGACCAUUAGCACAGACGGAACGGCCAACUAUACCUUGUUUAUAAAGGUCGAGAAGCAGCUUGUCAGCAAGACGGACGCCAAGAAAAUUCUACGCGAAUGCAACAACUUUGACGAUCUCUGCGCAAAGUUCCCAUCGUCAUUCCCCAAUAUCAAAAAGUCGCCUAAUGAACAAAUUAUACCCACCGCCCUCAUCUACAUCAAUGCCGUGCACGACAGCGUCAAGAUUAAGCGAAACACAGGCGAGACGAGCAUCGCACGCUUUUUCACCGACAAACGCGCCAUUGGCCAGCUAUCCAACUUUAUUUUCAUGUUUCGCGAGGACUACGUGACAGGCUGUCCUUGUAGCGUGCACGAAAUCUGCGGGUCGGUCGUGUAUUGCAAAGCGUGCUCGACAUAUCGUAUUCAAGAGGUGACGCCGCAGGCCGGGCUCGUCUAUCGGGGGCUUCUGACGGUGGGAAAAUUGUCGGUAGAUCCAACAUCGGCGAGAACAAUGAUUAUGGCAAUGUGCACGGGAGAUAAGUUGGAUAUGCAAAAGUCGCUGAUUGUCAUGGCCAAUAUGUUUAGGUUGGCCAAGUUCCAGAACAUCCCGCUGCCGGUGGAGCAGAUUGUGUAUUGGACGUUGCGUGAUAGCCUGUUUAUGAAGUUUCCAGAUGUUAGCGUCAGUUGGUACGAUCAGUUCUUCACGCGACCGUAUACAGACGCGAAUCAGCCGAUGAAUGGAGUCGUAGCCAUGGUUGGUAUUGCCAGACUGGGCUUGGCAAUUGCAACGUUGGGCAUGAUUAGCUAGUUGCACAUGGCCCUUUGGCUGCUUUCACUUCAAAAAUCAAAUAAUUUCCUUUUUUGGGAGACGCUGAAAGUGGCGUAUGGUGUAACAUGGCGUCGCGAUCGACUUUGCCGAUGGCAGCAUGCAGGAAUCCGAUAUGCAGUCUUGCAGGGACACGCACAUCAUUCACGAGUACAUAUGUAUUGGAGAUUAUUCAUUCCGGGGAGUCAUUUAUGAAUAUAAACUUGUCGGAGGGCAAGAAAACUGUCGUUAAGCUUGCUUGGGAGGUUCCAGUGGGAGGUUGUCGCUGUUUACUAGGGCUGUGGCGUCUCUGGCGACCAUCAAGGACGGCAUAUCCCGAUGGGGUGUAUAUCUCUCUCUCACACGGCAUUCUUUUAUUCUAUCAAUUGUUUUAUGGCCAUCUUGGCGGUGUUAUGGCUCUGUGCUUUCAUGUUGUUGGAAGAAAGAAGAGUCUCUGGAUCAGGAACACGGUGGCGAUGCGUAAGCAAGUUGGUGGGCAGAGGUGGUUCAUCCUUUAACAAGCAUGCCACGUGGCAACCGUUGUAUUAUGAUGCUCAGUUCAAUUCAAUUCGCCUUCCCGCCAUGGUUCUAGAGCCGUCACGUGCAUAUAUUGUCCUGCAGGUCAACGCG